AUGUCUGCUAGAGACUAUUACUCCCCUGCUAAUUCUCAGGGCUACGGGUAUAACAACAACAAAGACUACAAUCAGUACAAUAACAGUCAAUACAGCAACAACCAAUACAGUAAUAGCCAGCAAGGCUAUAACCAGGGCCAAGGUCAAGAACAGACAGGUGAAAAGGGGAUUAUAACAGACCUUGCGGGUGCUGCAGUUGGAGGAUACGCCGGCAAUAAGUUAAGCGGUGGAAACUCCACCAUGGGUAAGAUCGGUGGUGCCCUAGUUGGUGCAGUUAUAGCACACAAAGUGAGUAAUAAACUAGAUAGCCACAGGUACGGUGGUCAUGGCCAUGGUGGCCACGGACAUGGUGGAUCCGGUGGAUAUCGUGAUCCAUUUGAGGGAGGACCUUCACCUGGCCCGCCAGGCGGAACAUUUGGCGGGCCAGGUGGAUUUGGAGGUCCUGGAGGUCCUGGAGGACACCACGGGCCUGGAGGGCCUGGACCCAGAUGGUGA